UAAAUAAAAAUUGGUAGCAAGGGUUGAUUUUCUGUGAUCAUUUUUUUCCAAUUUGAUAAAGUUAUUCUUUUGUUUUUCAAACAUAAUGAUGCUGAAUAAAUCUUUGAUUGCUUUUUUGGUGAUGUUGUUUUCACCAUUAUCGAUGAUGAUAUCGGGCUGGGAUAAUGGUUUAGCACGUCGUCCACCAAUGGGUUGGCUAUCAUGGAUGAGAUUUGCAUGUGAAAUUGAUUGUCAAACAUAUCCGGAUGAAUGUAUUAAUGAAAAAUUAUAUAAAGAUAUGAUUGAUCGAUUAGUUGAUGAUGGUUAUCUUGAUGCCGGUUAUCAAUAUGUUAAUAUUGAUGAUUGUUGGAUGUCAAUGCAACGUGAUCCAAAAACAUUUCGAUUAUUACCAAAUCAAACAAGAUUUCCAUCCGGUAUUAAUGGAUUAGCCGAAUAUGCACAUUCAAAAAAUGUUCUACUUGGUUUAUAUGAAGAUAUUGGUACAUUAACAUGUGCCCGCUAUCCAGGAACAUAUUAUCAAGGUAAAGAUCAUACUUAUAUAGAUGCCGAAACAUUUUCCGAUUGGAAAAUUGAUUCAAUCAAAGUUGAUGGUUGUUAUGCUGAUAAUAAACAAUUCAAUAUUACUUAUGUUGAAUAUUCAAAAGCAUUAAGCGAAGUUGAACAUAAAAUCCUAUAUGGAUGUAGUUGGCCAUUUUUUAAACAAGAUUUUUCCGAUAAUGAUUAUGAAUUAAUACGAAAAAGUUGUAAUUUAUGGCGACAAUUUAAUGAUAUUGUUGAUUCAUAUCAAAGUGUUAAAGGUAUUAUUGAUUUGAUGGGCAAACAUAAUGAACAAUUUCGUCGUUAUCAUGGUCCUGGUGGUUGGUUUGAUCCAGAUAUGUUGAUUAUUGGUAAUUAUGGUCUUUCAUUGGAACAAAGUAAAACACAAAUGGCAUUUUGGUGUAUGUGGUCAGCACCAUUAUUUAUGUCAAAUGAUUUACGUUCCAUUCGGCCAGAAAUGAAAGAAAUUUUAUUAAAUAAAGAAUUGAUUGCAAUCGAUCAAGAUCCAUUAGGUAUUAUGGCGAAAAAAAUUUCAAUAAAAUCCAAUUCGCAUCAAGUUUGGGUAAAAAAAUUAUCCAAAUCGAGUGAUCAUGAUAAACAUCAUCCAUAUGCAAUACUUUAUUUUAAUUCCGAACAAUUAGGAUCACCGAAAUAUAUUUCGUAUCGAUUAUCAUCAUUGAUCGAUGAUGAAGCAACAACAAACAAAACAAUCGAAUAUGAUGUAUAUGAUUUAUUUGGUAAAACGAAAAAUGAAUCAUAUUUGGAAACAAUAAAUUCAGAACAAAAUCUUCGAUUGAAAGUACCAACAUCUGGUAGUGUAAGGAUUGUUAAAUUAUUGCCAAAAAAUAUUUAAAAUACGUCAGAAAUUUUUUCUGAUUUCGUCAAGUGGAUCAUUAAUUAAUUAAUCAGAAAAAAAUUGAUAAUUAAUAAAAGAUUUU